UAGCUCCUCCUCUCCUCAGGCUCAGGGCAGCAGUUGAUCUGAACACCAGUUUGUGUUAAACACCAGGCCUGAACGGCGGCAGUCUGCAGCUCCUCUGAAACAUGAUUCUGCAGUAAAAUGAGGGACCGCUGCAGGAUUUCAGAGGGGAAACACCAGCAGCAGGUGGAGUUGAUGGAGUCCCUGGUGGAGCUGCUGCUGGGUGAGCUGAGUCCCAGUGACCUUCAGUGACCUCCUGCGGAGACGGCGCUGUCUGAGGGUUGGUGAGGGGCAGCAGGCGCUGCAGGCGGUUGUGUGGUUCUGAUUGGCGGCAGGCUGGAACUGACCCAGCAGGUUCAUGAACAUGACGGAUCUGGUCGACGCCAUGCAGGUCGGCAGCUCCACGGCCAAAAAAAAGCGGUUUGAUGAUCUUCUGCCUGCAGAAAUCCACAGGGUGUCAGCUGUGGACCUGCUGUUGGAAAUCCUGACGGACCUGAAAGAAGCCGAGUUCUGGAAGUUCAAAUGGUUCCUGCAGCUGACGCAGCUCCAGCAGGCUCUGCCUCAGGUCCCAUGGAGCGCCCUGCAGUUUUCAAACCGCACGCAGUUGGUCAGCAUGAUGUGGACCACCUGCGGUGAUCGGUGCCUGGCGCUGGCUCAGGAGGUUCUGAUGGACCUGGACAAGUCGGACCUGGUAGAGAAGCUUCCUCUGGUCACUUCCAGCGCUAAAGGGAAACUUUCUCUGAUGGAUUUCUGGCCUGAACUGAAGCAGAAAGUUAAAGACAUGGAGUCUGUCAUAAAGAAGCUGCUGGAGGUGUUGGAGGAUCUGACCAUCCAGGAUGUGACAGAUAUCAGGAACGCCCUCAGCUGGGAUUCGUCUGUCUGUCCUUAUUUAAGCCUCUAUUGGAGGCUGCAGGGCAUGAAUGCAGACCUGCAGGAAACCGUGUUGCUGCUGGUGCAGACGUUCAGCCAGCGUCCUGUGGACAAGAUGGAGGAGCUGCUGUCCAGAAUGCAGAGGCCCGAUCUGGAGUUCGCUCUGAUCACAUCCACAGGAAAGAAACAUGUUGUGGGAAAACGGAAAUCUGCUCUGAUGCAGAAGGUGGCUACAAUGGCUGCUGUUAAGACUCUUCUCCUGGAAACCUUCAACCGGCUGAACCUGAACGAGUUCCAGCAGUUCAGACGGUUCCUGCAGCUGACGGUCAGCCUGGAGGAGUUCCCUCACACCAGAACCUGGAGUCCGGCAGAGAUCCAGAACAGAACCGACCUGGUGACGGUCAUGGUGGAGGAGGAGGGAGUCGGGUCGGUGGAGAGAACCAGGAGCAUCUUCAGGGUCAUGAACAGAGCAGAUCUGCUGCAGAUGCUGCCAGGGAGCAGCGCCGGGAGGAAAGAAGAAACUUCAACAGAGAUGGAUCAUUCAGGUUCUGGAAGUGUGGAGCAGGACUCCAGCAGCUGGACCAAAGUGGACCCUGAGCUGGACGGGGCGUCUCCAGACCAAGAUCCAACUUACAGCCUCCAGUCUGCAGCGGGCCACUUUGAAUGCAGCGUCUCUGGUCUGCGUUGGGUCUGCAGGGAGAAGGUGGGCUUUCGGUACCGGUUCUGCUCCUGGGACGGACACAUGGAGAGGAUGGAGAGCAGAGGAUUCCGGCCUGCUGGUCCUUUACUGGACAUCUCUGUCCUUACUGGGAAGGUGAUGGAGGUGCAGCUGCCACACUGGGUCUGCACCGACGAUGUUCCUGAGUCGCUGAAGAACUUUGCUGUCCUCCAUGUUAACGACUAUGGAGAUGUUCUGGAGAAAGCGACCCGGGUCACAAAGACCCAUGUCGGGUUGGCAGACCCAGUUUUCUCUUUGCGGGGAGCUCUGAUACAUUUGAAAAAUUUAUUUUGUCCUCCAAGAAUCUCCUGCAACACAUUAAUGUACUAUCAGCCCAAAACGUCCUACCUGAAGAUGCGCGUCUACCUGAUUCCACCGGAUCCUGCUCUGAAACAGUUGGUCCACAGCAGAGAAUCCUCCAAGGGAUACGAAGAAAUCAUGAAGCCCCGACCAGACAAGCCUCUGAAGACGGGCUGUGGUUUCAGCCUCCAGGCCACCGUAGAGACCGCCAGAAUCCAGCCACCGGAAAUCACUCUGAGGCACGACAGCCAGGACCCGAACUUCUACGAGGUUUUUAUUGAGAAUCCAGAAGAGAACUUCAACCUGGAGCUGCUGCAGACUCAUUCAGAGAAAGUUUGGUUCUGUGAGAUUAGGAAAGAUGAUCAUCCUAAAGCUGGUUCCACUGAAGCUACAGGAUGUUCAACAGAAACUGUCACUGUGAAGAAAGAAGAGGAACAUUUUGUGGACAAACACAGAGAGACGCUGAUCCAGAGAGUGAGGAACAUCGGACCCGUCUUAGAUGGACUUUUACAGAAGAAGGUUCUGCUGGAGGAAACCUACGACAGGAUCCGAUCCCUGCUGACCUCCGAGUCUCAGCUGAGGGAGAUCUUCUCCUGCCUGAGAGCUGCUGAUGACUGCAAAGACAUCUUCCUCUCCAUUCUUCAGGAAAAAGAGCCAUACCUGAUCGCCGACCUCCAGAGGAAAUGCUGAGGAGGAACCAGGGACGGAUCUACUGCGGGUUCUGGUUCCUGCUGGCAUGAUGUUACUUUUUAAUGAGUAAAAACUGAAACAUUUGACCUUUUUAAAGGUUUCCAUCCGCUGACCUACCAGAGGUCUGCAUGUACAAUUAUCCUGUUUUUAUUUCACAUUAAAUGAAGCAUUUUAAUGAAACAAUAUAUUGAAGAUGAUUGAAUAAACUUUAACUCAUUUGGGUUUCCUUUGGUAACAAAUAUAA